UCACAGAGAAAUCCUCAUAGUCACACACCUCAUCCUCUCAGCGCCACGCGUCCCCCGCCAUUUUCACCUGAUUCCGCCGCCGGCGCUGAUCGGAAUCGCCUCAAUUUCAUCGGCUAUCGUCGACGUAAUUCUCAAUUGAUCGGAGAUGCCGCCGAAGCAGAAAUCGAAAGCGGAUUUGGCGAAGAAGCAGAAGGUAAUCGAGGACAAGACGUUUGGAUUGAAGAAUAAGAACAAGUCGAAGAACGUCCAGAAAUACGUGCAGUCUCUCAAACAAUCGGUUGAGCCCAAGCCCGACGCCAGCAAACUCAACGCACAGAAGAAGAAGGAUGAGGAGAAAGCUAGAGAGAAGGAGCUGCAGGAGCUGUUCAAAGUUGCCAUCAAACAACCUAAAGUUCCUGUUGGCGUUGAUCCAAAGUCUAUUGUGUGUGAGCAUUUUAAGGUGGGGCAGUGUGCCAAAGGGUUUAAAUGCAAGUUCUCUCAUGACCUGAAUGUGCAGAGGAAAGGGGAGAAGAUAGAUAUAUACAGUGACAAGCGUGAUGAAGAUGAAAAUGGCACAAUGGAGGAUUGGGAUCAAGAGACUCUGGAGAAGGUUGUUGCCUCCAAGAGCAACGAGUACAACAAGAAUAAGCCUACUGAUAUAGUAUGUAAAUACUUUCUGGAAGCAGUGGAGAAGAAGCAGUAUGGUUGGUUUUGGGCUUGCCCAAAUGGUGGUAAAGAAUGCCACUACAGACACGCCCUCCCUCCCGGAUAUAUUUUAAAAUCUCAAAUGAAGGCUCUUUUGGAGGAGGAAAGUAAAAAAGUAUCCAUAGAGGAGGAGAUAGAAAAUGAGCGUGCAAAAAUAGCCACUACGACUCCAAUGACUCCGGAGUUAUUCAUGCAAUGGAAGAUGAAAAAGAUAGAGGCUAGAGAAGCAAGCCUGGCUGCAGAGAGAGCAGACCGAGCAAAGAAUGAUCGCAUGAGUGGCCGUGAGCUCUUCCUCCUAGAUGCCAGCAUAUUUGUUGAUGAUGCUGAAGCAUAUGACAAGUACCAAAGGGAGGAUGAAUCAGACGUAGAUCAAAAGGUCAAUAAGGAUGCACCUACGGACAGGCCUAGUUCAUCCACAUCGACCAUGCGGAGUGCAACUGAUCACGAUGACGACAACAACGGUGAUGUUGACGACGACGAUGAUCUGGACAUGGAUGAACUAAACGAACUGGAAGCUAGCCUUUCGAAAACAACGCUAGAAAUCAAAGAACCAGCUGACAAUGUGUGAUUCCGGGCUAGACGGUAAAGUCUACGCCCGUCUUUAACUCAGCUCCUCAGCGGUCGAAGAAUGCUGCUCAUUUGCAGCUGCCACCUCUGCUGAAAGCUGCAUUGCGUGUGUGAGAGAGAGAAAAGAGAGAUGGGAGCUAUGAUUUUCUUGUGUUGCUAAAAGUCUCGUGUACUUUAAUCUUAUUGGAGGUGUUUGGUUAUAUAUAAUAAGCUGGUUUAAUUUA